CUUGAGUUGAGGAGUUGCGAGAAUUGCCGUGUGUGGCGCUUCUAUAGCUUCCCAUUCCCACGUUCCUUCGUGGCCCCAGAUGUGAUGUCAUGCAGUGUUACGAAUGCCACGUGUAUCGCUGUUCUGUGUCGUUUUAAUACCAGUGGAUAUCCAUCAUGUCGCUGUUGAAACGACAGAAGAAGAGACAAGUGGACUUGGAAUGCCAUGCUUUUAAGGCAGAGUGGAGUGAGAAUUAUUUUGUUACUGAAUUAGAUGGCAAAGCAUUGUGUUUAUUGUGCAGUGAUACUAUAGCUGUACUAAAAGAGUACAAUAUACGUCGGCAUUACCAGACUAAGCAUUCGGCACAGUAUUCCCAACUCACGGAAGGAACGAUCACAAAAAUUAUAAACUUUGAAACGGAGUAUUUCAUUACAACGCAGUUUCUUCACGAAAAUGAAAACUGAAAAUAAGGCUGCAAGUAAAGUAAGUCUACAAGUAGCUCAUUUGGUAGCCAAGGAAGGAAACCCCUUUACUAAUGGUGAGUUAAUUAAAUCAUGUUUGAUUGUAGCAGUUGAAGAAAUGUGUCCAGAGAAAAUGGAUUUAUUUAAUAAUAUCAGCCUUUCCGCGAGAACAGUUGCCCGAAGAGUUGAGGACAUUGGUAGCAACAUCACUAACCAAUUAAUUAACAAGGCAGAUGAUUUCGAGUGGUUUUCCUUAGCUCUUGAUGAGUCAACAGACAUUACAGAUACUGCUCAAUUGCUGCUGUUUAUUCGAGGAGUCAAUGCUGACUUUGAAGUGACUGAAGAAUUAGCUUCUAUGAAUAGUCUGCAUAGAACAACUACAGGCGAAGACAUUUUCAAGGAAGUUGAAAUGUUAACGAAGUACAAUCUGAAGUGGAAUCAGCUAAAAUGUGUGACAACUGAUGGUGGUAAAAAUAUGUCUGGAACAGAACCAGUCGUGUCAACGGUGAACUUCAUUCGUUCUCGUGGGCUGAACCAUCGUCAGUUCCGUGAUUUUCUGUCAGAAGUGGAAGCCGAAUAUCCUGACUUACCCUACCACACAGCAGUUUGAUGGCUCAGCAGUGGUAAAGUUUUAUUAAGAUUUUUUGAACUCAGAGCAGAGAUUGAAAUUUUUCUCAAUGAGAAAAAACGCCCUCAACCACUAUUAUCGAACACUGAAUGGCUUUGGAAAUUAGCUUUUGCUGCUGAUAUCAUGGGAUUUCUUAAUGGAUUCAACUUGAAGCUACAAGGCAAAACAGUGCUAAUAUGUGAAACUUAUACUGCGGUAAAAUCAUUUCGACGACAACUGGCUUUGAUUGAGUCACAAAUCAUGGCAAGCUGUUUCGUGCAUUUCCCAUGCUGUCAAACAUUAAAAGAAGAAGUGGAUUCCCCAUUCCCGCACGAAUUUGCAGGUGAUAUAUUUUCUGAGCUCAAAAAACAGUUCCAGCAACGUUUUUCGGAUCUUGAUGCAAGUGCAGAAGACAUUUCCAGAUUUGAAAAUCCAUUUAACUGUACAAUUGAGGAACUUCCACCUAACCUUCAAUUGGAAGUGAUUAAUCUGCAGUGUGAUAACAUGCUAAAAGGCAAAUUCCAAGAGAACAAUCUAACAGAAUUCUAUAAGUGUCUUCCAAGUGAUGAAUAUGGUGAAUUAAGAUCAUAUGCUCGAGGUUUGAUCUCUGUAUUUGGUAGUACCUACCUGUGUGAAAAGACAUUUUCAAAGAUGAAAUAUGUAAAAUCUCAAUACAGGUCAGCAUUAACAGACGAACAUUUGCAAUCAAUUAUGAUGAUAGGGAGUACUAACUUUGACCCCCAAUUUGAAGAAAUGUUAUCUAAAAAAAAAAA